AAAACGCAGACAUUUUCAAUUUCCAGUUCCACGAGCAGGAUGACGAUGAUCGAUAAUUUCCUAAUUUCCCGAGUCAGCGAAGAUGCUCAGGAUCCUCUGUUACCUUUCCUUCGGUCCAUUAGGGAAGCUCUUGAAGAUCCCAUCUCCGGCCGAACAUCCAAUUUGGGUCUCGUAACCCUUCUACAAGAUUGCGUCAGAAAGUUCAAGCACAAUGUCCAGUACAGCAAUGACAUUAGAUUUCUUAAGAUUUGGCUCCUAUAUAUGGAUGCUAGUCAGGAUUUUAAUAAUGUGUUCAAAGAAUUGCUGGAUAGUAAUGUAUGUGCCAACCAUUCUUCACUUUAUGUAUGGUCUGCAUAUUUUUUUGAAUCCAAAGGGAGAUUGCACGACGCUCACACGGUCUAUCAGCUUGGCAUCUCCAGGAAUGCAGAACCAAUUGAAUGGUUAAAGAAAGCGCAUAAGUUGUUCCUCAAUAGAAUAUCUGAAAUAGUGACUGUUGCUCAACGUCAGAAGAUAGACGACAAUGGAUCCAUGAAAUUUGAAAACGGCGCCAUCAAUCCAUGGAGCCCCUCAAUCAUGAAUGAUCUAUUGAAGAGGAUACGUGCUUUGAUCACAAAAUUUGAUGGGUAUCAUUCAAGUAACAAAGCUUACGCCGGAAAAGUUGCCUUAUCUUCUUUGAAGAAUUCAUCAAGGAAUAAAAUUGUGGAGAUAGGUGGAAAGAAGUAUCAAAUCAAGGGUUGUGCCGGACAAGGUGGUUUUGCUCAAGUAUACAAGGCAUAUGUUAAUAGUAAUCCCGAUGAAGUUGUCGCACUGAAGAUCCAAAAACCAGCAUUCCCUUGGGAAUUUUACAUCUAUCGUCUGCUUGAUCAACGUAUCUUAGAGAGUGAAAGACCAAGCUAUGGCUUUGCCCAUAGAAUUCAUAUCUAUUCUGACUGUAGCGUACUCAUCUGUGACUAUUUAGCUCAUGGGACAUUACAGGAUGUCAUAAAUUCAUAUGCGGUCCUGGGGAAAUUCAUGGAAGAAGUGCUGUGCAUUUAUUACACUAUAGAAAUGCUACAUAUGCUUGAGACAUUACACGAUGUUGGCAUAAUUCAUGGUGAUUUCAAGCCAGAUAACCUGCUUAUUCGCUACGCUAGUGGUAUCCUUCAAGAAGAUGAUUUUUUGAACAGAAGUGGUCCUUGGCGUGAUCAGGGUCUUUGCCUUGUUGACUGGGGAAGAGGAAUCGAUCUACGCCUCUUUACGGAUCACACAGUGUUUAAUGGAGACUGCAGAACUUCUGGGUUUCGUUGCAUUGAGAUGCAAGAGAAGAGAACAUGGAAAUUUCAGGUAGACGCAUAUGGCCUUUGUGCUGUUGUCCACUUGAUGUUGCAUAAUGCUUAUAUGGAGAUUGUCAAAAAAGAAUCAUCCGAUGGAGGCCACGUUUAUCUACCCAGAUUGCCGUUUAAACGUUACUGGAACGUUGAGCUCUGGAAGACUUUCUUUACCAAGAUGUUAAACCAAUACCCUGGCAAUGAUGAUAGAAGGUUGCUGCAGGAGUUGAGAAAGUCCUUCGAGGAAUAUAUGGGCUCCAAUCCGCAGCUUAUAAAGAAGCUAAAGGAGUUACUGGUGAAGCAAAGGUCUUCCUUGUGUUCUGCUUAGUGUACAUACCAUAUAGCCUUUACUGCAAUCCUCUUGCAGCAUGUUGAGUGCAUAAUGCACACCCUUUUUAAUCC